AUGGCUUCUCUGGUCAGCCUUCCAUAUUAUGCCUCUGAUUUACCUUCCCCCCUCCCAGCGGAUACUGAAAUCGAUGACGCGCCAGAUAUUACUUUGGCGUAUGGAGGGCGAAGGGUCGUCCGGAUUGGGCGCUUUGUUGUGAAAUUCGGGAAAGGCGUCAACCUCCUUGAAGGGGAAAAUUUGCUGUUCGUCCGACAAAACACCAAUAUUCUCGUUCCUCGGGUCUAUGCCCUUUACACAAGACCCGCAACAGGGGUAAAUUAUAUUGUGAUGGAGCAAGUCCAUGGCGAGACGCUACAAUCUUUGUGGCCUCGGUUGACUUCCUCUGAGAAGGACUCUAUUAUGAGUACCAUGAGGGUUUAUUUCGACGAGCUGCGAAGUCUCCCGCCCCCAGAUUAUUAUGGCAGCCUGGGUGGCCGAAACCUUCUUGACGAAAUCUUUUGGACUCACGAGGUUAACCCCGCAAUCAACGGCCCAUUCACAAGUGAAGAAGCGCUCAACGAGGCAUUCGCAUUAAAGUACCUUUACGAUGAUCGGCCUCGUUUCAGGGCGGACUUCUAUCGCCAGUGUCUACCACUUAUCUUUCGUGAUCACCGGCCAACAUUCACUCAUGGAGACUUUCAAAGGAAGAAUAUACUCGUUCAGCGCGCUGAGGACGAGGUUGGAGUAGACGCUCCCAAGGGAAUAAGAGUAGUUUUGCUGGAUUGGGAAAAGUCAGGCUGGUAUCCGAGUUAUUGGGAAUACUGUCUCGCUGUCUGCGCCUUACGCUGGGACGAUGACUGGUGUCUCUGGGUGGAGAAAACAUUGGAUCUGUAUGUUUCUGAGGCUGCAUGGUUGCAAACGUUUCGUCGUGAACUAUGGUCAUAA